ACCGCCAAUACAAAAAACAUAAAAAUCACAAUUACACUAGUAAUCAAAUACGUAUAUUCCUUAAACUAUAUUUACUGAUCCAACCUUACAUUUCUAAAAGUAAAACUAAGAGAGUACUAUUGAUUUGAGACUAUCUUCAUGUAUAUAAUUAAAUGGUCCAUCAUCUCAAUCAAUUAUCCUAUUCAUCCACUCCUACUACAACCAAUUAACGGCAGCCAACCAAUUUCCCCAAUUGAAAACGAUGGCCAAAAUAGUUUUCGAACUCCAAGAUGUCUUCUUUCUCUCAAAUAAACAUUGACAACCAUUAUUACCAGACUAGAGGUUUAAUCAUCAAAUGGCUCAACAUGGUUCAAGACUCGUGGUGCCAAUUGACGUCACCAAGAAACCACGACAACAGAAGCUCCCCCUUCACAACCGGUGGCACCCCGACAUACCACCGGUGGCUCAGGUCACUGUCGGGGAGGUUUUCCGGGUAGAAAUGGUGGACUUUUCCGGUGGUGGUAUCACCAAAGAAUACACAGCCGAAGACAUCAAAUACUCCGAUCAGUCUGUUAGACACAUAGUCACAAUUCAUCUAUGGCUCCUAGAACACCAAAACUAGUGGUACCUAUUGACCUAAAAAAGAAGCCAUGGGAGCAAAAGCUACCCUUACAUAAUCGUUGGCACCCUGAGAUACCACCGGUUGCCACCGUUAAGACCGGAGAAGUUUUCAGGGUGGAGAUGGUGGACUGGACCGGAGGUGCUAUAAAAGAUGACAAUUCCGCUAGUGAUGUUAAACACUUAGACCUUUCGACUGUGCAUUAUCUGAGUGGGCCGAUUAGGGUUGUUGAUGAGGAAGGAGAAGCGGCUAAACCAGGGGAUCUUCUUGCGGUUGAGAUAUGCAAUUUAGGUCCUCUUCCCGGCGAUGAAUGGGGGUUUACGGCGAUUUUUGACAGAGAAAACGGUGGCGGGUUUCUCACUGAUCAUUUCCCUUGUGCCACAAAAGCAAUUUGGUAUUUUGAAGGAAUAUAUGCUUACUCUCCUCAUAUACCUGGUGUACGUUUUCCGGGUAUAACACACCCUGGAAUAAUUGGAACUGCGCCUUCAAUGGAACUUCUUAAUAUAUGGAAUGAAAGGGAGAAAGAGCUUGAAGAAAACGGUCUAAAAUCAUUAAGGUUAUGUGAAGUUUUACAUUCAAGGCCAUUGGCGAAUCUCCCAUCAACAAAAGGCUGUCUUCUUGGCAAGAUUCCAGAAGGAACUCAAGAAUGGGAGAAGAUUGCCAAUGAAGCUGCAAGAACGAUUCCAGGAAGAGAAAAUGGAGGAAACUGUGACAUUAAGAAUCUUAGUAGAGGUUCAAAAAUUUACCUUCCAGUGUUUGUUGAAGGUGCUAACUUUAGUACAGGUGAUAUGCACUUCUCACAAGGCGAUGGUGAAGUUUCGUUUUGUGGGGCAAUUGAGAUGAGUGGAUUCCUUGAGCUCAAGUGUGAGAUAAUACGAGGGGGGAUGAAAGAAUACCUAACUCCAAUGGGACCUACUCCUCUUCAUGUAAACCCUAUUUUCGAGAUCGGACCAAUGGAGCCUAGAUUCUCAGAAUGGCUUGUAUUUGAAGGAAUAAGCGUUGAUGAAAGUGGAAGACAACAUUACCUUGAUGCGAGUGUUGCUUAUAAGCGUGCAGUUCUGAACGCGAUCGAUUAUGUCUCCAAAUUUGGGUACUCGAAAGAACAGGUUUAUCUUCUACUGUCGUGUUGUCCAUGCGAAGGAAGGAUUUCGGGAAUUGUGGAUGCUCCAAAUGCUGUUGCUACUCUAGCGAUUCCAACUGCUAUUUUUGAUCAGGAUAUUCGUCCAAAAACUAAGAAGGUUCCAGUAGGGCCACGGGUGGUGAGAAAUCCAGAUAUUCCGAGAUGCAGUUACGAUGGGGAUUUACCCAUAACAAAAAAUCCUGGUGCAACAGGGUGAAUGGGACAUGAUGUAUUUCGAUGUGUAGCAACUAGCAACUCUUUUAAAGUUGGGAAAAUGAACAAACUAUGGAAACUGUUACCAUUAAACUAAAUUAAUGCUAUCAAAAGGUAAAUAUGAAAAACUUUGGCCU